AUGUCCAGCAUUUUCAUGGGGCUGUGGGACACAGCCAGCUGGAUCUUGUCCUUGGGUCAAACGUCCAAAACAGCACCUGCCAAGAAACAAGCAGCACUAGCUCCAGGAUGUACCCUGGAUAUCAAUGACCCCCAGGUCCAGAGUGCUGCCAUUUGCACCCAGGCUUCUUACAGAGGCCACAGGUGUAAGAGGGUGCACGGGCAGGCCAGAGCCAUGGAUGACCCGCUGAAGGUGGUGCUGAUGGAGGGCAGUGCAGCCAAGCUGACAUGCUGCAUUUUGGCUUUCCUAGACCCCUUCAUCUGCUGGAUAAAAGAUGGCAAGGAGCUACGCGACGGGCCCGAGUACUGCUGCUACGUCUUCGAGGACCCUGACAUGGUGGCAUUGGUGGUGCGGGAAGGCGAGCUGGCAGACCUGGGCCAGUACAGCAACAGUGUAACCAGCCCGUUCUGCCAGGGCUCCCGCUCCAGGAAGGUAGGCGCAGCAGCCAGGUGCAACGUUUAAAAGGGACUCGGCCACACCAAGGCACACUAAGGCACUGCAGUCACGCUGGCUGCUGAGAUCCUGGGCGAGCGCGUGGGCUGGUGCAAGGACAAAGAGGACAUCCAGGAGGACAACAGGGUGUUCUUCCAGAUAGGCUGCACCACCAACUACCACGAUGACCUUGCCAGGCCCCAAGACAGCAGCAAGGGCGAGAUUUACUUGGAGAACAGCCUGGGCAUGGACGUGGCCUGA